AUGCUUUUUUGUUUUCCUUCUUUCAUUCCUUUCCAUUUUAUCAUGCCACACUUUUUCUUUCUUUCUUUCUUUCUUUCUUUCUUCUCUAUUUCGAUAAUCACAUUCAUCUUGCCUCUUUCAUCUCUCCUUCUUUUUAUCAUUUCUUUCCUUCUUUCUUUCUUCUCUAUUUCGAUAAUCAGUAUUCCCCUUGCCUCUUUCAUCCCUUCUUUCUUUCUUUCUUUCUUUCUUUCUUUCUUUCUUUCUUUCUUUCUUCUCUAUUUCAAUAAUCAGUAUUCAUCUUGCCUUUUUCUUCUCUCCUUCUUUUUAUCAUUUCUUUCUUUCUUUUUUCUUUCUUUAUUUCUUUCUUUCUUUCUUUCUUUCUUUCUUUCUUUCUUUCUUUCUUUCUUUUUUUCUCCUCCGACUAUUUCAAUAAUCAGUAUUCAUCUUGCCUCUUUCAUCUCUCCUUCAUUUAUCAUUUCUGUCUUUCUUUCUGUCUUUCUUUCUUUCUUUCUUUCUUUCUUUCUUUCUUUCUUUCUUUCUUCAAAAGUAUUCGCAACUGCGGGGUUUUCGGUUAGAAGUUCACCUGAGCGAUCCUCGAUGUCUGUGAAUCUGCCCCGCUGUGACUUCCUAAGUUUCCUAAGUUUCUUCAAGGUGUCAUACGCUCGAUUACUCUUUCCUUUUUUCUUUCCUUUCUCGAUGUUUUAUUCUGCUGCCUUUUCUAUCUAUACUUUUUUUCAUCUAUCUAUCUAUCUAUCUAUCUAUCUAUCUAUCUAUCUAUCUAUCUAUCUAUACUUCUUUUCUCAUCUAUCUAUCUAUCUAUCUAUCUAUCUAUCUAUCUAUCUAUACUUCUUUCUUUUCUCAUCUAUCUAUCUAUCUAUCUAUCUAUCUAUCUAUCUAUACUUCUUUUCUCAUCUAUCUAUCUAUCUAUCUAUCUAUACUACUUUUCUCAUCUAUCUAUCUAUCUAUCUAUCUAUCUAUCCUUCUUUUCUCAUCUAUCUAUCUAUCUAUCUAUCUAUCUAUCUAUCUAUCUAUCUAUCUAUCUAUCUAUCUAUCCUUCUUUUCUCAUCUAUCUAUCUAUCUAUCUAUCUAUCUAUCUAUCUAAUUUCCUUCAUUCUCUCUCCUAUAUUCCAACGCUCGAAACGCGCCCGGAAGGCAACUCACCUGAUUAAACUGAACCACGUGGGGCCGCGUAUUUUCUUUUCUUCUUGCCGUCCUUUCUUUUGUAGCUUAUUACAGUGUGGCGAUAAAAUAACAGAUAAUUUAAAAUUAUCUAUCUCUUUUGAUUAUCUAUCUAUCUAUCUAUCUAUCUAUCUAUCUAUCUCUGUCUGUUCGUAUCUAUAUAUCUAUGUAAACCUUUUCAUACAAUUCAUUCAAUUCAUUUCAGUUGGAACCAAUUAA